GCAUCCCUCACACAUCAUCAUCCUUACCUCACUCUUAGAAUCCUUGUCUAGUCACUUGAAGUACUAUCACCAUUAACCAUAUUUCCUUGAGCACCAUCAUCUGAGAAAUGUAACUCAUUGAUUGAUGCAGUCCUUACUUAAUCGCUAAAAGGUCGGGGAUAGUUGUGUUGAAGGAUUGGUAGAUGAGCGAAAGCUUGUAAUGGAAUGGAGAUUUGGAUAAUUGUGAGGGCGGUGAGAACUAACUACGAGCUAAUUGGGAUGGUGGAAGAAAUCAUUGAUGGAAGGAAUUGGACAUCGGCGUGCGGAAGAGGAUGACACGAGGAAAAGAACGAAAAUAAAGUCAGGGUCGCCUAUCGGGUUAGGGUUAUAUUGUUGAUUAUGUUGGGUCGGGGGAAGUAAAUUGGACUCGAUUCAUGGGCAAAACUUGAACUGACCCACCUAAUUUUGCUCCAAUAGACAUGAACCUUGAAAUCUAACAAAAUCGUAAAAAUCGUAUAUUUUAAGAAUUUUAGAAUUUUAAAUCUGGAUAUUAAGGUUCAAGAUUUUGUAGUAAAAUCAGAUCGGAACCCUCAAGAAGCUCACCACUAGACCUGCUUUACUUAAAGUUAUGCUCCAUCCACAAAACUUAGUAGGCUCCAAUCAAGGGCGUAGUCAGGAUUUCGUUUAAGGUGGGUACACUUAGACAAAAACACAUGAUAAAAAUAGCUUUUUGAUUUUUUUAAUCAUUCAUGAUGUAAUUUUAUAUUUGAAAAUUUGGGAUAAAUUAAAAUAUAGUAGUUGGAACUAUCAAGAAUGCCACUCUCUUUGUAAAACGAAUUAUUCAUGAUUUAGUUAGUCCUUCGCUUCCAAAUGGUGUUUUUUUUUUUGUCAAGAAACGUUUAGUAUCGACAACUCAAGAUGUUGAGAGAUGUUUAAUAAUGAAUCUUAUACCAAAAAUUAUCCAUGAUUUAGUUAGUCGUUCACUUUCGAAUGAUGUCAUUAAUAAAAAAAUCAUUUAAUAUCAAUAACUCGAGUUGUUGAAACAGGUUCAAUAAUAUAUCUUAUACCAUUAACUAAAUACACCCUCGUAAGAAAGUUAGUAAAUUAAGGGAAUGAUCAUUGUUACUAUGCACAAAACCGGCCUGUAAAAUAGUGUUAUGAAACUUCUCAGAUCAGGAUCUAGGAACCUGUUGUAAGUUGUAACCCAUACACCGAUUGAUUCAGUUUGCAAAUAAGCUUUGGGUUCCCUUUAGAAUAUCCACACUUCGUCCUCUUAACUUUUUUUGUUGGGAAUUAAUUUGAAUCAUUAUUUUAUAUAGUGAUUUUGUAGUUUGGAAUUAUGUACCUUAUCUUUUUCUCUCAUUUAUUAUCUUAUCUUUCAUGCACCCAUGAUUUUAUAAAUAAAACCAACUCAUACAAAAUGAAAACAAGUUUGCUAUUCAUAACAGAAAAGAAAGAAAUCAAAUUUGCUUCCUAGUUCCUACAAAAAGAAAAAAACCAAGUUCGCCAUGCCCAGGGUCGAUUCGGUCAAUAGCCAACCCGUAAUUAGAAUCCAAACUCAAGUUUGCUGCAGACAGUCCAGACUCCAGAUUUUCAAUACACUACCUAGAGAGGGACAAAAUGGUAACAUCAUCCUAGCCACCGAUUCGCACUAUCUUUAUUACUCAACGCAAAAAUCGCCCACACUCACCCGAACACGCGCCCGAGUCCAACAUUCACCGCUGCCGCUUCUUUACUCUUUCACUCAUGGCGGAGCAGAAUCCAUUGAACCCACCAAAUCCAGGCCACGACUCCCUCGUCGAUGGCAAUGUCCUGGCCGCCAAAUCCUUCGCCCGGUGCGGCGUCAAGCACAUGUUCGGUGUCGUCGGCAUCCCGGUCACCUCCUUCGCCAAUCGCGCCGUCUCAUUCGGAGUCCGCUUCUUUGCCUUCCACAACGAGCAGUCGGCUGGCUACGCCGCCUCCGCCUACGGUUACCUCACCGGACGCCCGGGCUUGCUGCUCACUGUCUCCGGUCCAGGCUGCGUCCACGGACUGGCCGGUUUGUCGAACGCCAUGGCCAAUACGUGGCCCAUGGUUAUGAUCUCCGGCUCUUGCGAUCAGAGCGACGCCGGCAGGGGAGAUUUUCAGGAGCUCGAUCAAUUAGAAGCUGUGAAGCCCUUCUCCAAGUUCUCGGUAAGAGCGAAGGAUAUAAAAGACAUACCUAAUUGUGUUGUGCAGGUGCUCGAUUGGGCUGUUUCCGGCCGCCCCGGUGGCUGCUACUUGGAUCUCCCAACCGAUGUGCUUCACCAGACUUUGACGGAAUCGGAGGCCGAGGAAUUGUUGGCUUCUGCGAUAGAUGGCGCCGACAGGAAAUUGAUUGGAACAGAGGUUGCGAAGUCGGAAAUUGAAAGAGCAGCGGAGUUGCUAAAGAAGGCCGAGCGGCCGUUGAUUGUGUUUGGUAAAGGCGCUGCUUACGCAAGAGCGGAGACCGAGCUGAAGAAGCUGGUCGAGAGAACUGGAAUCCCGUUCCUGCCGACGCCGAUGGGGAAAGGUUUGCUCCCGGAUACGCACGAGCUUGCAGCAAGUGCCGCGAGGUCGCUCGCAAUUGGGAAAUGCGACGUUGCGCUUGUGGUUGGGGCGAGGCUCAACUGGUUGCUGCAUUUUGGGGAACCGCCCAAAUGGUCCAAGGAUGUGAAGUUCAUAUUGGUCGAUGUGUCUAAAGACGAGAUUGAGCUAAGGAAGCCCCACGUAGGUGUAGUUGGCGAUGCCAAAAGGGCACUGGAGUUGCUCAAUGUGCAGAUCAAGGAUGACCCUUUCUGUUUCGCGAGGAAUCAUCCGUGGGUGGAAGGGAUAUCCAAGAAGGCAAAGGAUAAUGUAUCCAGGAUGGAGUCUCAGCUGGCGAAGGAUGUGGUGCCGUUUAAUUUCUUGACGCCGAUGAGGAUUAUCAGAGAUGCAAUUUCGGGUAUGGGGAGUCCUGCUCCGAUUGUGGUUUCGGAAGGUGCUAAUACAAUGGAUGUGGGGAGAUCAGUGUUGGUUCAGAGUGAGCCAAGGACUCGAUUGGAUGCCGGAACUUGGGGGACAAUGGGAGUUGGGUUGGGUUAUUGCAUUGCUGCUGCAGUUGCUGAGCCUGAUCGGCUUGUGGUUGCAGUUGAAGGCGACUCCGGAUUUGGGUUCAGUGCUAUGGAAGUUGAGACAUUGGUACGCUACCAGUUGCCUGUGGUGGUGAUAGUUUUCAACAACGGCGGUGUAUAUGGAGGAGACAGGAGAAGCCCUGAUGAAAUAAAAGGCCCCUUCAAAGAUGACCCAGCACCCACUUCUUUCGUCCCUGGAGCUGCGUAUCAUCUUCUAAUUGAAGCCUUUGGGGGCAAAGGUUAUCUUGUAGGAACCCCUGAUGAACUCCGGUCUGCACUCACAGAAUCUUUCUCUGCAAGAAAACCUGCAGUUAUCAAUGUCACAAUAGAUCCUUUUGCCGGUGCGGAAAGUGGGAGGAUGCAGCACAAGAACUAAGGUAUAUAGCCUUCCCCCAACCUGUUUCUGUCUGUAUUCCCUCUAUUUUGUAUCUGUGGGCAAGCUGGCCUUUGUGUGUUCCCUUUCACUAAUGCUGUAAAAUUUCAUCUGAUGCUAUGUUCCCUGUUAGGUUCUUUUGUUUGUACGCAGUUUGGUGUUUUCGGGCGGUAUGCCAACUAAUUUGGUGGUUCAACGUGCAAGGUGGAUGGAAUAUUAGCUUUGGUGGGUGUUUUCUGUAAGGUUUCUAAAUACGCCCUUACUCCUUACGUUCGAAAGACUGAUUCCUUGUUACACACAGCUGAACUCGUCUUCUUUGUCUUCUCCUCUCUCCGAGUUUACAAGUACAGGAUCGUCGGGGAUAAUAUGUGUUUUGUUAUUUGAAUGUAACCUUGUUCGGGAUUAGAUUAUUUUUCACAGCAUUGGCGUGUAUUCACUAUUGUCAGAAGAGCCUUGGUCUGGUUUGCUGCCUAUCAGAGCUCAUGAGAGCUAAUAGAAGCUUGUUGGAUCUUUGAGAGGUGUCCAAGUUAGCUCAUGAUAUCUUAAUGGAGCUAAAUGGAGCUUGUUGUAAGCUAAAAAGACUAGGGUCGUUUAGUGGGGGCAUGUAUUAUAUCACGAGUGUAUUUUGUAGUCUCUAUGGUGAUACGCGAUCUAGGGCGGUUAGUGUAUUGACUAUGAAGAAUGUUCUCGCUAGUUGUGGAGGUUCGGUUUACUGUUAUCGGUUAACCGUUGGUUUUAACUGAAACCGACAGAUCUCCACCCCUAGUUCUCGCCAUGAUACUUGAAACCAUUCGAUAUGUUUGGAUAUCGCGCCUGCUGUUAUUUGUCGUGUGUUCUUAAACUCUGCAACUGUAUCUUACUGUUUAAAAGUUUUUUAUCGGUGAAUUGUAUCGUUAUACAUGAAAACCUCUACGUAAAAGGACUUGGCAUUAUCCAUUAUGAAAGAAAGGAAGUAGUCUUAAGAUAUCCAAGUAGGUUCAUCUUGUCCUCGUCAUGAUAUUCAAGGCUAGUCGAUAUAUUUGAAUACCGUGCUUGCUACUAUUUGUCGUGAGUUAAACUCUAAAAUUGUGUCUCGCUGUUUAAAAGUUUUCAAUGAGUGAACUAUAUCUUUAUACAUGAAAACCUUUAAGUAGAAGAACUUGGCAUUAUUCAUUAUAAAAGGAAGUAAUCUUA